AUAGUGUACGUUUGAUAUGACCUUGGUUGAGAUGCGAGCUUAGUACACUAGUCACACCGCUUGCAUUAAAUUUUCAUCAAUUUUCAUAUGAGUUCUGUUAAUGUCGCGAUGGAACAACUGUUCUAUGAAAGACCGUUUUGCUCGGACAGCUUCUUCGUAGGUCCAAAAUAAAUUUUAGUCACAAUGUCAUAGAAUCUUACAGAAGUUUGGGGAUCAGAUUUCAAGUUGUCGGAAUGUUUCCAAUUUUCUCUGCUUAUAUUUCCUGGAUUAAUCUUAUUUUGCAUGUUUAUACUGUCCGUGCUAUUCAAGAAGCACACCUGGAACCUCCCUAUCGCUUUGAUAAAAUUCGGAAUUUUACAGUGUCUUCGAAUGGUUCUUUGUUUUGGAGUUGCUGUAUGUGUAAUUACAUUGCUUAUAUCGACCAUAUGUAUGGAGGUUUCUUACUCUCAUCCCAUUGAUUCUGUUCAGUACUUCUCCAUGACCAUUUUGUUUGUAUCAGUUGUUUUUUAUAUGUUAAUGGUCGAGUAUAAACGCCGUGCUUGUCAACCACGUUCACAAAUGCUGUUUGCUUUCACGUGCCUAAUAAUUGUAUGCAUGUUACCCCGUCUUUAUGGUCUAUUAUAUGCUGGAAGAGGAUGGUACAAUCAAUCUACAUUUUACUGGCUUCAUGCAGCUACCAUCUCUGUGUAUAUAUGUCUAGCUUUCGGAGAGCUGCUUAUUCAAUUUUUCUCACCGUUUAAUGAACAAAAUUCGUUGCUUGAUGACAAAGACGCCUGCCCAGAGUUAUGGGCUUCAGUUCCGGCUUUGUGGACUUUCAGUUGGUUGACAAGUACUAUUUGGAAAGGAUUUCGAGGUCAAAUUAACAGUCCUUCAGAUAUGUUUCAUAUACGUCCUGAAGAUUCAGUUAAUGAAAGUUAUGGUCGUUUUAAGCGUGCCUGGAAUAGAUCCCAUAAUCUUUGGUUCAAGAGAAAAGAAUCAGAAACACCAUUUUCAAAUGUUAUGGAUGAUGAUGUGCCGUUGUUGAUGGAUUUUAAAGAGAAUAAUGAAGAUACUGAAAAUGUCUCGAAUGAUGCAAAUAUGUUGAAUGCAAUACCUGAUGUUGAUAUCUUGUCGCCAUCUACUACUAAUAACAACUCAAACUCAUAUAAUCUGGAAGUAUGCAAGCAGAGUACGAUAAAAGCCAGUCCUGCACGUGCCACAUGGGGACUAUUCUACGCUCUUAUUUCAUCUUUUGGUUUGCGUCUAUUUUGCGGGUGGAUUUUUAUAUCGGCUGCUGUAUUCUUCAACUACAGUUCACCACUGUUACUCGGGAUGUUACUUCGAUUUCUUUCCAAACCUGAAGCUCCAUUAUGGCAAGGAUAUUUUAUUGCAUUUUCAAUGUUACUUCUUCAGUCAAUAUCUGUUUUAGUGGAUCAAAAGGGUUUCUACUCGUGUUUGUCUUUGGGAAUAUCUGUCCGAUCAGCCCUUACGUCUGCAAUUUAUCGUAAAUCUCUUCGAUUAUCUUCUGAAGCUCGAAGCCAGUAUACGACGGGGGAAUUAAUAAAUUUGCUCAGUGUUGAUGUGAAUCGUAUAAAAGAACUUUUUAUGUUCUCGUUCCUUGUUUGGGAUGCAUUCAUUGAAUUUGGUUUGUCGUUUAUUUUGUUAUGGCGUCAACUUGGUUCAGCUGCGAUAGCUGGUGUUGGAUUUUUGUUAUUAGUAUUGCCACUUAAUUGUUUACUGAUAUGGGCUACUCAAAAAUUUGAGAUUCGUGAAAUGAAAUAUAAAGACAAGCGUAUGAAAUGCUUAGGCGAAGUGCUUGCUGCUAUACGUGUGGUUAAACUUUAUGCAUGGGAAAAGGCGUUUCAGUCUCAAGUCAAGUCAAUUCGUAAAUCUGAACUAAUUGAACUAUUACGUGUCGCUUUAGGGUGGGGUCUGUGCCAUGUUGUUUGGAAUUUGGCGCCAUAUAUUAUUUUAUUGAUAACGUUUGUUACUUAUUUAAGAGAGUUCUUAUUCGCCAACCACAAUGUAUUGUUAGAUAAUUUGGUCGGAAAUACCACUGAUAUCCCUACACCUCAAUUGUUAACUCCUGAACGGAUUUUUGUUAGUGUCAGUUUGUUCAAUUUACUACGUAGUCCACUACUUCUUUUACCAUGGAGUCUUUCAUCUUCAAUAAUGGCCUUUGUUUCGAUUCGCCGCCUUGGAUUAUUUCUUUUAGCUGAUGAAUUAGAGCAUUAUUCCUCGGAUAAAAUCUAUCCUCUUGAUGAAAAAUCAACAGAUGCCAUUAUAUUUGAGAAUGCUUCGUUUUCAUGGACUAAAACUGGUCCAUUGGUAUUACAAAAUUUGAAUGUACGCAUAUCUCGUGGAUGGCUUGUCGCAAUUGUUGGCAACGUAGGUUCUGGAAAGUCAUCUUUCUUAUCAGCCUGCCUGUCUGACAUGUUCACACGAAGUGGAAAGGUUUCUGUUAAGGGUUCCAUUGCUUAUGUUUCACAAACAGCUUGGAUACAACAACAAUCUCUACGAGAAAAUAUUCGUUUUAUCACAUCCAGCGAUCCCACUCAGUCGAAUCCAGUUGCAGAGCAAAUUGAAGAAUUAUGGUAUAAAAAUGUUGUAUCUGCAUGCGCUCUUGAAACAGAUAUUGCUCGUCUUCCCGCUGGUGAUAAGACAGAAAUUGGUGAGAAAGGUGUCAAUUUGUCCGGGGGUCAAAAACAACGUGUUAGUUUAGCUAGAGCUGUAUAUCAGCGUUCAGAUAUAUAUCUGCUAGAUGAUCCAUUAUCAGCAGUCGAUACACAUGUUGGGAAAUAUUUAUUCGAUAACGUUUUAGGUCCAAAUGGUCUUUUAAAAGAUAAAACUAGAAUCAUGACAACUAAUUCAUUUCAUUGGCUAUCCCUUGCUGAUUGGAUUAUUGUUCUUAACACUAAUGGUGAAAUCACUCAAUCUGGAACGUAUAAUGAGGUUGUAAAUAAUAACUCUGGUCAUUUUGCUAAUUAUCUGGAGUCUAUCGAGAAAAAUAAGAUAAAUGAUGAAACAAUGAAUGAAGGUAACCAUAGAAAGAUUUCAUUUACAACUCGGUUUAAUCGGUCAUCUAGUGUGGUUGUUCCGCCUAGUUCACCUCAUCCUAUAGAAAUGUUGUCUCGAAGUCCACCAAUGACUGCAACAAAAAAAUUAUCCUUAGAGUCACCCGUUCCCUUUCCAAAACUCAUUAGUUUUGCUGAUAUUAAUGCUUCCAGUACUACUUCAAAGCAUGACAAUAAUGAUGAUGUUAUGGCUACUGAUGGAGCACUAAAUGAUUUGAUUGAUUUUAGAUCUGAACAGGAGGUGACUCAUCGUCGUUCUGCAACUAGCAUAAGUACUACAGAUUUAAAUGCUAGUACAUCCGAUAAUGAUAAACUUGAAAAUGAUGACGUUGAAUGUGGCAAAUUCAUGACUGAUGAAGAAAUUAUGCAUGGUCAUGUGUCGUGGUCAACCUACUGGGAGUAUUUCCGUGCUCGAAGUGUAUCUGUUACGUUUAUCAGUGUUCUGUCUUAUGCGGGAUUCUUAGGUGUACAGGCAUUUUGCAGUUACUGGUUACAAUGGUUUGCAGAUGAUCAACAAUUAAUUGAGGCUGAACAAGCUUUUCAAAAUACUACUAUAAUUAGUAAUGAAACUGCUCGUCAGAUAUUAAUAGAACAGAUUAAAGAUAGAAUAUUAUAUUAUAUUAUAGGUUAUGCAUGGGCUGGUUUAGGUCAGACAGUGUUAAUCUUAUUAUUUGCGCUACUUAAUGCGUAUUCUAAUCUGAGAGCUUCAAAUCUAUUACAUCAACAGCUCUUAUCGAAAAUUCUUCAUGCUCCAGCUAGUUUUUUUGAUCAUACACCAUUAGGUCGUAUAUUGAAUCGAUUCAGUAAUGAUGUUGACAAUUUAGAUCAUACCAUACCGAACUCUUUUAGUGAUACCAUUGGGACUACUGGGGAUGUUCUUAUUUCACUAGUGAUUGUUACUGUUACUCUACGUCCAUUUGGAAUAGGAUUGGCAGUGAUUAUUCCUGUAUUUAUAUUCUGCAUAACUGUGUUAAUAUUUUAUAUGCCUUCUGUUAGACAAACACGUCGAUUGGAUGCAAAUACUCGUUCACCACUGUUAACCAAUUAUAGUGAAACGUCAGCUUCAUCUUUAGGUGUCACUGUUGUUCGAGCAUUCAAACGUGAUAAACAGUUUAUUGCUAAAUCUGACAAAUUGAUUGAUGCUAAUGCGGUUUUCGAAUAUGUACGCUUUGUUGCUAACCGGUGGCUAGAUGUUCAUCUAAAUUUAUCUUGUAGCUUUAUGGUAUUUGUAUGUGCCAUAAUUUUGGUUGCUUUUCGAUCAAAAAUAUCACCUGGUAUUGCUGGCUUAAUCAUAGUUUAUGCUUUACAAGUAUUUGAUUCAUUGACAUGGGUUAUUAAACAGUUAUCUCAAUUGGAGACAAGUUCUGUUUCAUUGGAAAGAAUUUGUGAAUACAUCCGAGUUGAACAAGAAGCUGACUGGGAUCAUGGAGUGGAUAGUCCUCCUCCAAUUGAUUGGCCGAGACCUUGUUGUGAAAUUAUAUUCAACAAAGCUACUGUCCAAUACCAUCUGCCUACAAAGAACAAAGUAACUAAUAAUCACGACUUAUCAGUUAGUCAAAAAACUUCAUCGAAUUCUGGACGAUUAGUUACAGCAUUGAAAUCUAUUGAUCUUAAAUUAAGUGGUAAUGCACAAGAACGCCGUAUAGGAAUCGUUGGUCGUACUGGUGCAGGCAAAUCAUCUUUAGCAUCUAGUAUCUUUCGUUUAAUUGAGCCUACGAUAUUAGAAGAAGACAGAUUAGAUAUACAUAGAACAUCAACUAAACGUGGUCCAAUUGUUGUUGAUGGAGUUGAUUUAUCACGAAUUGGCCUUCAUGAACUUCGAUCUCGAUUUAGUAUUCUUCCACAGGAACCAAUAAUUUUUGCUGGUACACUUCGAUUUAACUUAGAUCCAUUUGGUAAACUGCCUGAUAUCGAUUUAUGGCGUGCAAUAGAAUCUGCUCAUUUAGCUGAUUGGGUCCGGUCGACUAAUGCCGGUUUGGAUUAUGAAUGUGGUGAAGGUGGAGCAAAUUUAUCUGCUGGUCAGCGUCAACUUGUUUGUCUAGCUCGAGUAUUUCUCUCUUCCGGUGGUCGUGUUCGUUUACUUAUUCUUGACGAAGCUACAGCUGCAAUGGAUCCAUCUACAGAUAAUUUAGUUAUGAAUACCGUAAUAGGAGAUAUAUUUAAAGAUGCAACUGUAAUUAUUAUUGCUCAUCGUUUAUCUACUGUAAUGAAUACAGAUAGGAUUGUUGUAUUAGAUCAUGGACAAGUCAUUGAAACUGGUCAUCCACAAGAUUUACUUAAUAAUCCAAAUUCUCAUUUUUCAAUAAUGAAUAAAGUAAAACAAUCUUGAAUAAAUUUCCGUUUACAAUUUGUUUUCAAUGUAUUCAAUUAUUCAUUAUACAUGUCUUAUGAUUUUCCUUUUUAUUACAUAAUGAAAAGGUAAAUAAAUUUAAUAUCAGUGUUUAUAUUUGUACAAUGGUUAUAUUCAUUGAAUUAGUUUAAUUACAUUAGGAAGAGAAUUUAUGAUUUGUCAUUUAUAUGUUUAAUUCUUAUUUAUUUUGUUUAUAAUUGUAUACUCUUUAAUUAUUAUGUAAUAAUUUUCGGUAUUUAUUCCAACUAGUUCUUUUUUUUCUAGCUAUUAUUAUUAUUAUUACUAUUAGUACUACCAUCAUCAUCAUCACCGUUUUAUAGGUCGUUGUUAUUUGAAAAUACGGUAAGGUCAUAUUCAACGAUCAGUCAUCUUGAAAUACUACAAACAUUCAUUCUAUUUAUACGAAACAUAUUCAAGUUGUUUAGUGUUAUUCUGUUUUGUUUUUGAUUUACAAUAUGUAUAAAAUUUUAAUGACUUAUACAGAAGUGAUCUUGUCUUGUCGUUUAAAGUAUGCAAGUUUUCACUGCAAUUAUAAGUAAAGACUUUCAAAUAUAUGCGUAAGAUGUGAGUGCUGUUAGAGGUAUGAGAGCAGUUAUCACUUCCCGGCUGCCCACACCGUUGAAUGGUUAUUCUAGAGGUACCUGAAAAGGAAAUCGGGUUAGAAGUGGUCUUAAUGACCUGAGAGCGUGAUCGCAGUGCUCAAAGGACAACUGUUUGAGGUUGGUCACUCACGAAUUUUUUGUGGGUAAUUUUUGUGUUAGCUCCGUACUUGUGGUGACCUUACUGCCGGAGACGGAUAUCCGUGGGAUAAGGCGAGAUGUGCAUUUUUAGGGUCGACCUUUUCUAACCCCACCCCUCCUCGUGAGAAGGCAGCAUCGCUGUUAUGCUGGUUGUUUGAAGAAAACACCUUACUGUUGUCACAGGUGUUAUAUGUGUUAUAUAUAUUCCCCUAUCCUUAUUAUGUAUUGACUGUUCCUUGUUGAUGGACACUUAUUGACUGACUGUUCUUUGUGUCGGAUUUUGGUGUGGAAAUAUAUUGACGUUAUAGUCAGGC